AGCAGGAAGUGGCUGCGGCGCGGCCCGGGCGCGGCCUCCGCAGGGCGCGCCUCCUUCGUGGCGCCGUGCUGUGCGGCCGGGCCGGGAGGAGGCGGGAGCCCGAGUCCCAGCGCGGGGAGCGAGAGCUAAUGGCGGCGCCUGCGCUCAGGGGCCCCGGAGCCGCCGCCUCGGCCGCCCUGGACGAGCUGUCCCGGAACCUCACGUACGGGGCGCUGGGCGCCGGCAAUGGCUCCCUGUCGGGCGCUUGGUACCGCCGGAACCAGAUUCACCUUUUUGGAGUUUUGCUGGCCAUUUUAGGAAACUUGGUAAUCAGCGUUUCCCUAAAUAUUCAGAAAUAUUCGCAUCUUCAGUUGGCGCACCAAGAACACCCAAGGCCACACUUCAAGAGCAUGCUGUGGUGGAGCGGCAUCAUACUGAUGGCUGUGGGAGAGACAGGAAACUUUGCAGCCUAUGGAUUUGCCCCCAUUACUCUCAUUGCUCCAUUAGGCUGUAUGUCUGUUACAGGUAGUGCCAUUAUUUCUGUUAUGUUUCUGAAAGAAAAUUUGAGAGCCUCAGAUUUACUAGGUAUGACACUGGCAUUUGCAGGAACAUAUUUAUUGGUGAACUUUGCUCCAAAUAUAACUCAGGAUAUCUCUGCAAGAACAGUACAGUAUUCCUUUGUUGGCUGGCAGUUCAUGACCUACGGGAUUUUAGAAAUACUCAUUUUCUGCAUUCUCCUAUAUUUCCAUAAAAGGAAAGGAAUGAAACACAUUGUGAUUCUGCUAACCCUCGUGGCACUUCUAGCCUCAUUGACUGUUAUUUCAGUAAAAGCCGUCUCAGGCAUGAUCGCUUUUUCUGUGACGGAUAAAAUGCAACUAACUUAUCCCAUCUUCUAUAUCAUGUUUAUCAUCAUGAUAGCAUCCUGUGUUUUCCAAGUCAAGCUCCUGAAUCAAGCCACAAAACUCUACAAUACGGCGACGGUGGUGCCCAUUAACCAUACUUUCUUUACCAUCAGUGCCAUUAUUGCAGGUAUCAUAUUUUAUAAGGAAUUCCUUGGUGCAACUUUUCUCACUAUAUUUAUAUAUCUUUUUGGGUGUUUUCUGUCAUUCCUUGGUGUGGUUUUGGUCACAAGAAAUCGAGGAAAGGAACGUCUGCCACAGUCUUACAUUGAUAUUGGACAUGUCCCUGGGAAACAAACGUUGGACAAAAUACAGCCAGAUUCAAACGGCUUAUCCUAUGGAACUUUGCCUGAUGGAAGUGACUCCACAAAGAGCCCGAGUGGAGAGAAGAAAGAGGUCUGAAAUGCCGAGAGGGAUGGCUGCUGGCCUGUUAUUCGAUACCACCUUUUAAAAAAUUGCACAUGUUCAAUUUGUGUCAGCAGCUAUUUUAUGCUGACAUGUGCUCCCAUUUGUUUCAGAGUCCUUUACCCCACCUCCAUGUCUAUGGACUAUCAGGGCCUUCCUAAGCUUUGACAGUCUAAUGUGUGCAUGGAAUGUGAUUUGAAGUGUUCCCCACACCCUGGACCUCUCCCUAGUGAUCAUCGAACUGGCUAGAUCUUAAUUAGAGCCUGGCUGCCCAAGCAGGAAUGUCACACAAAAAUGUGCGUUCACGAGUUGGCUGCAGAACACAUCGGUUGCUUUUCCCAUACAGCUUGCAAGGUCAGUUGCUUUGUUUUAAAGGGACACUUUAGCCCCACCACCUCGCUCCUAAACCAAAGGUUUAAGAGCAUUCAUUUUUCCUAAGACAUCUUUUAUGAACCUCCCCCAAAAACAUUUCACCUUCCUAUUCCCAGAUUGAGUGGUGAAUCAUCUUUUCUGAAAACUAGCCCUAUCACAAAUAUCCUUUGAAAAUUAAGGGUGUCUUUAAAUUAGAAUUUAUACCCCAUUCUAUGAUGGGGUACACCAAAAUCAAAAGACCUUGACUGGUGGACUUUUUUAAGCUUAAGAAAGGAAAAAUUUAAGAAUUAGUACCAAUUUUUUAAAUAAAAAUGUAAUAGAAUGGUGA